UUUGAGAAGGCACCCCAUGAUUUAUAUAAUUCCGGUGAGCUGCGCUUCUCGAUUUCCCAGGAAUUGAAGCCAUCCACACCUGCCAGAAUUCCGGCUAACAAGGCACCUCAUGUCACCUCAUUUCUAGGGAAGGCAGGCAUUGUUGGGUUAGAGAAGGCAGUGGAAGUUCUGGACACUCUUGGCAGCAGCAUGACAAAUUUGAACUCAGGUGGAUUUACGACAGGUGUGGCUUCGAGGGGAAAUAGAAUAUCAAUACUGGCAUUUGAAGUCGCCAAUACCAUAGCCAAGGGAGCAAACUUGUUGCAAUCUCUUUCUGAAGAAAAUAUCCAGUUUUUGAAAAAUGAAAUUUUGCAUUCAGAAGGGGUGCGGCGGCUGGUUUCGACCGAUAUGAAUGAUCUCCUCAGUAUUGCUGCUUCUGACAAAAGGGAGGAGUUUGACGUAUUCUCUCGUGAGGUUAUCAGAUUUGGAAAUAUGUGUAAAGAUCCACAAUGGCACAAUCUCGACAGAUUUUUCUCCAAGUUGGAUUCAGAUCCUGAAGUUCAUAAACAACAAAGAGAAGAGGCAGAACUGACUAUGCACGAACUGAUCACUCUGGCUCAGCAUACCUCUGAGUUGUAUCAUGAGUUGCAUGCUUUGGACAGAUUUGAACAAGAUUAUCACAGGAUGCUAGCGGAAGUAGAUUCACUGCAUCUCCCUCGAAAAGGAGAGAGUCUCACAAUGUUACAGAGUGAGCUAAAACAUCAAAGGAAACUUGUAAGGAGCUUGAAGAAGAAAUCUCUCUGGUCUAAAAGUUUGGAGCAGGUUACAGAGAAUCUCGUUGAUGUAGUUACUUUCAUUCAUCAAGAAAUUUCUGAAGCAUUUGGAGACAACGGCCGGCCGGUGACUGGCAAGUUUCCAAUCGAUAAACCAGAAAGACUAGGUGUUGCUGGCCUUGCUUUGCAUUAUGCUAACAUAAUCUCUCAGAUCGAUAACAUCACGUCACGCCCCACCUCUCUACCUCCAAAUAUGAGAGAUACGUUGUACAAUGGUUUGCCACCAACUGUCAAGACUGCUCUUCGUUCUCGAUUACAGACGGUCGAUGCCGGGGAAGAGCUCACAGCUUCUCAGAUCAAAGCUGAGAUGGAAAAAACUCUCAAAUGGCUUGUUCCUCUUGCUUUAGACACUAUAAAGGCACAUCAAGGAUUUGGAUGGGUUGGAGAGUGGGCCAACACAGGCAACGAAUUCGGCAAGAAAACAAGCACACCGAACAAUGUGAUUCGCUUACAGACCCUCUAUCAUGCCGAUAAGUGUAAGGCAGAUGCUUGCAUCCUUGAGCUAGUAACUUGGCUCCAUCGUCUCAUCAGCCUCGUAAGAUAUAGAGAUAACGGGCUCAGAAUUCUUCCAUUUCGUUCUACUACAAAAGGCUUGAACUUCAACAUCAAGGCAUUGAGCAAUAGCAACGACAAAAUCCACAAAGCCGAGCUCAAUCUGGAGGACAAGAAUCUGUUAGAAGAGGUCAUGAAGAGGAGGAAGCUAGUUCCUGGUCUAAGCAAAAGCCAGGAACUAGUGACGGGGAAGAGGAUGAAGCUUUGGGGAAGUAGGAGCGCUGGAAGCUCUCCACGAGGAGGAUUGGCACAUCCGAAAGCCAAUAUUUUGGAUAUAUUAGACGGUUUAGAUACAAGCUUUUUAGCUCCUAGGGAAGAUCCCAGAUAGAGCAUUCAUUCUUUCAUUCAUCAGAUUUACAUCAUCAUAUACAUGGAUCUUAGGCUAUGUUGUAUAUAGCAUUAUUGUGAUUUCUGGGUAAAAUAUUUCAUAGUAUGAUACUUAUAUACAGAAUUUAUAGUUGAAAUUAACCAGCCUUUGGAAAGGAGUUCUCACA